GAGUGAAGGCAGAGCAAUGUUUUCAUUCCUGCUGACGACCUGCGCUAGUCACUCUGCCAUGGCGCCCGUAAUGUCGCUGAACAAGGAGGGGAUGUCAUAGCACCGUGUUUUAAAUCGCUUUAGUGGAAAAUUAUCUCUUACAUUUUGCGAAUCCAGCUUUCAAUUUAACACAGUUUAUCUCUAAACCCGCCAUGACCGUGGAGCAGAAUGUCCUCCAGCAGCAUUCUCAGAAGCACCAGCAGACACUUCUAAACCAGCUGAGGGAGGUCACGGGCACCACAGACGUUCAACUGCUUCAGCAGGCCCUGCAGGUGAGCAAUGGAGACCUGGCCGAGGCUGUGGCGUUUCUGACCGAGAAGAACGCCAAGGUUCCUCAGCAAGAUGAGACGACCUACUACCAGACGUCCCAGGUGGCCAGCGACAGAUAUAUCAGCGUGGGCAGCCAGGCAGAUACAAAUGUAAUAGAUCUGACUGGAGACGAUAAAGAUGAUCUGCAGAGAGCGAUCGCCCUCAGCCUGGAGGAGUCGAACCGGGCGUUCAGGGAGACGGGCAUCACUGACGAGGAGCAGGCCAUCAGCAGGGUUUUGGAGGCCAGCAUAGCGGAGAACAAGGCGAGUCUGAAGCGCACCCACACAGAAGUAUGGAGCGAUUCACCCAACCCACAUGACAGGAAGAGGAUAGACAGCUGCCCUGUGGGGCUGAAAAAUGUUGGCAAUACCUGCUGGUUCAGCGCUGUCAUCCAGUCUCUGUUCAACCUGCUGGAGUUUCAGAGGCUGGUGCUCAACUACUCACCUCCAGCCAGAGUGCAUGACCUGCCACGUAACCAGAAGGAGCACAGGAACCUGCCCUUCAUGCAGGAGCUGAGGAACCUCUUCUCCUUCAUGGUGGGCUCCAAGAGGAAAUAUGUGGAUCCAUCCCGAGCUGUGGAAAUCCUCAAAGACGCCUUCAAGGCCAGUGAGUCACAGCAGCAGGAUGUGAGCGAGUUCACCCACAAGCUGCUGGACUGGCUGGAGGACGCUUUCCAGAUGAAGGCUGAAGAGGACAGGGAGGGUGAGAAGCCAAAGAACCCCAUGGUGGAGCUUUUCUACGGUCGCUUCCUGGCUGUGGGUGUCCUGGAAGGUAAAAAGUUUGAAAACACAGAGAUGUUUGGGCAGUACCCGCUGCAGGUGAACGGUUUCAAGGAUCUCCACGAAUGUCUGGAGGCCGCGAUGAUCGAGGGCGAGAUCGAGUCCCUGCACUCGGCAGAGAACUCGGCCAGGUCGGGACAAGAGCACUGGUUCACAGAACUUCCUCCCGUGUUGACAUUUGAACUGUCCAGAUUUGAGUUCAACCAGGCACUGGGGCGACCUGAGAAGAUCCACAACAAGCUCGAGUUCCCCUCCAUGCUCUACAUGGACAGGUACAUGGACAGAAACCGAGAAAUAACCAGAAUCAAGAGGGAGGAGAUCAGGAGGCUGAAAGAGCACCUGACACUGCUUCAACAGCGACUGGAGAGGUAUCUGAGUUAUGGCUCCGGCCCCAAGAGGUUUCCUCUGGCAGAUGUCCUCCAGUAUGCCAUGGAGUUUGCCUCAAGUAAACCAGUGUGCACCUCCCCUGUGGAAGACAUUGACUCAUCAGCACCACCUGGUGGCACAACAGGGCAACAGCUGCCCCUUCCAAGCACAGCCGAGCAGGACUCCCUGCCUCCAUUAGAGAGCUCAGCAUCGGGUCCCAGCCCAGCUCCCACUGCAGCCCAGCAGCAGAGAGUACCCAUUCAUAAGCCCUUUACCCAGUCCAGGCUACCUCCUGACCUCCCCAUGCACCCCGCCCCUCGACACAUCACUGAUGAGGAGCUGAGGGUGCUGGAGGGCUGCCUGCACCGCUGGAGGAGUGAAGUGGAAAAUGACACCCGUGAUCUGCAGGGGAGCAUAACCAGAAUCCACAGAACCAUUGAGUUGAUGUACUCGGACAAAUCAAUGAUGCAGGUUCCAUACAGGCUUCAUGCUGUGCUGGUCCAUGAAGGUCAGGCCAAUGCGGGCCACUACUGGGCCUACAUCUACGACCCACAUCAGCGCUGCUGGAUGAAGUACAACGACAUCUCUGUCACCAAGUCGUCCUGGGAGGAGCUGGUCAGGGACUCGUUUGGAGGUUAUCGCAACGCCAGUGCCUACUGUCUCAUGUAUAUCAAUGACAAGAAACCCUUUCUCAUAGAAGAGGAGUUUGAUAAAGAAACAGGACAGAUACUCAGCGGCAUGGACAAACUGCCUCCAGACCUGAAGCAGUACGUGAAGGAGGACAACGAGCUGUUCGACAAGGAGAUCCAGGAGUGGGACGCCCUGCAGGCGCGUAAGGCCCAGCAGGAGAAGCUGGCCCUGGCCACAGCCGCAGCAGCUGCCUUGGCGGCGUCUAGAACCUCCACCUCAUCCUCUUCUCCUCAGCCAAUGAGUAUCGAGUCCAGCCCUCCAGACAACGCAGCUCCCCAGCAGGACCCGGAGUACAUGGAGCAGCCAUCGCCCACAAACGACUCCAAGCACCUGCAGGAGGACACAGAGAGAGCCAUCUCCAGAGCUGCUGCUGAGCAGGAGGAGAGGAGCCCCGAAGCUCUGUUAAAUUCUGCCAUAAAGCUGGAGUACGCUCGUCUCCUGAGAUUUGCCCAGGAGGACACGCCUCCUGAGAACGACUACAGGCUGCAGCACAUCAUCGUUUACUUCAUCCAGAACCAGGCGCCCAAGAAGAUCCUGGAGAGGACUCUGCUCACACAGUUUGCUGACAGGAACCUGGCCUUCGAUGAGAGAUGUAAGAGCAUUAUGAAUGUGGCACGUGCCAAACUGGACCUAAUCAAGCCCGAGGAGGUCAACAUGGAUGAAUACGAGAUGUGGCAUCAGGCAUACAGGAAUUUCCGCGAGACGACCAUCUUCAUGAUGACCGGCUUGGAGCUCUUUCAGAAGACAAAUUACGUGGAGGCUCUGAUGUAUCUCAUUUACUCGUACCAGUACAACAAGGAGCUUCUAUUGAAGGGGCUGUACAGAGGGCACAACGAGGAGCUGCUCGGUCAUUACAGACGAGAGUGUUUGCUGAAACUGAACGAGCAGGCAGCGGCCAUGUUUGAGUCGGGGGAGGAGCCGGAGGUGACGACGGGCCUGGGCAUCAUGAACGAGCUGGUGGUGCCCUGCAUCCCUCUGCUGCUGGUCCACGACGCGGAGAGAGACCUGCUGGCUGUGGAGGACAUGAGGAACCGCUGGUGCUCCUACCUGGGCCAGGAGAUGGAGUCAAACCUCCAGGAGAAGCUGACCGACUUCCUCCCGAAGUUACUGGACUGCUCCACGGAGAUCAAAAGCUUCCACGACCCCCCCAAGCUGCCCACCUACUCCACCCUGGAGCUGUGUGAGCGAUUCGGCCGCAUCAUGGCCGCCGUGUGCAGGGUGCCCAUCGAGGGGAGAUGAGCUCUUGAGGGACGACUCUCUCUGAUCACAGGCCCGACCCGGGGCUCACAUCCAUGGACCUGUUUAACCCAUGCCUUCCUUUAAAUCCAGGGGUCACUCGCUUCUAGAUGUUAUUCCUCUGUUACUCUUUUGCUGCUAUAGGUUUUAUCAUUAUAAAUAUUAUUUCACUUUUAUUUCAAGCAAAACACAUUGGAGGAGGAGGAGGAGGAGGAGAGGACGGACUGUUGGAGGGAAAAGAGAAAUGAGAGGAGGAAAGGUGAAAGCCAAGUACAUUCAGCUUCAGCUUUGCAAAAAAACAAAGAGUUUGCGGGUUUUUCCUAGUUUAUUAUCGUUGUUGUUGCUGUUUGAUUCAAGCUUCCCCAAACAAGCUCACAGCCCUUCUGAAGCCCCAACCCCCCCCCCCCCCCCCCCUCUCUCUGCGUGAAAAGGAUCCCCCUGCUGCUCUGCCUCCAGUUUGGUGCAGUAUUACCAUGUUUUGUUUUAUUUUUCUAAGGAAGGAAAGAAGGAAGGAAGGAAGGAGGGAGGGAGCCUUCAGAUGUAGAGCGGCUCAGAGAGUGUCACAUGGGUCCCAUGUCUUUGUGGACUGAACGAGAUGUUUUAAGUGCUGUGGUAGACAUCCACAGACUUCCUGUGGCUUGUUAAUAAUUGAGAGAAUAAAAUUUUAUUUAUGGCCCUUUUAGGCCAAAUAAACUGAGAUCUUGCCUCAUG